AGUUUUUAUGGGCUACUAGCGCCACCUAUUUUUCGUCUGCUUGCUUACUCAUGUUAUCUCCCCUUUUAAAUCAUUUCACGAAUUGAAUAAGAUGUUAGAAUUCUGUAGAAAAGCUGUUUAGAGGAAUGGAAAAGAGUUUAGAGGAUAUACUUUAUGCUUUUAACGCGCCUUUGAGCGAAGAACAGGCCUGGGCGGUUUGCCACCAGUGUCUAAUUUAUCUAAUUAAGGUAGACAAGAGUUACCGACGUUUUCGGGGAUUAAAUUCUGUUAUCAUUGGUCCAAAUGGCAAUGUUGUCAGAAUUAAAGGAGACGAGGAUGGUAGUGAGAAAGAGGUUACGAAAUGUCUUGGAGCUUUGGUCUACCAAACAAUUGAUUGGGGUCUUAGCGAAGAGGAAUCUAACGAAAUUAGUCCAGAAUUAACUUUUUUAAUAGAGGAAUUGAUUAGGGGAGAUGAUAGUUUCGAAAAGGAUGAAGGAAUAGAUACAGAAGAAUCACCUUCCUAUUUUUCGUUAUCAUCAGCAUUAAAGAUUUGUAAGGAGAGACAUGUAGAAGAACAUUAUAAAGCUGUAUGUAGAGCGAUCAUAACAGAAGCAAACGAAUUAUCUGAGUUUUUAGAUAAGAUCUCAAACGAAUCCGUUGAUGAACUCAAUAGAACUGAUUGGGCCAAAUUAUGGAUUCAAUUAAUGAAAGAGCUAAGAAUGGGAGUCAAGUUAAAAAGUAUUGAGAUUGAGAAACAAAGGAACUGUCAUUACGAGCUUACACCAUAUGAAAUUUUAAUGGCUGAUAUCCGAGACAAACGAUAUCAUCUAAACAAAAUUAUGGUGAACGGCGAUAUUCCGCAACACGCAUCUAAAACCGAUGCCAGGUCCGUGAUUAUGGAUUUUAUUAGAUCUAGGCCUCCUUUAAAGCCAGCUGGCGAGAGAGUUCUAAAACCAAAAAAAUCUCCAAAGUUACUGGUUCGAGAGGAAUUAAUGCAACAGAUAAAAAGAGGAGUAUCUCUAAAGACCACUCCAUCCUCUAAGUUAGCCAUUGUAGCGAAGAAGAAUCUAAAGAAAAUUGAACCAAUUGACUUUGUUGAUUUUGAAGAUUGGGAAUCGGAAGAUGAUUUAGAUGAAAAUGAUUUAGUCGAGGAGAGAGAUUGUCAAACUCCAACUAUGGAUACAGAUAAAUAUAAUAUCGAAGAGGAAAUUGAAAAGAAAUUAACAACUUUAAGACCAAAGAGGAAAUUGGAUGAGGAAGAGAAUUCCAGACCAAAUUCCCUAAAUUUGGAAGAUAAAAGAAUUGAAAAAGAAUGUGCUGGAAAGGACUAUGAUGAAAAGGAAAAUGUUGAAAAUUGUCCUUUAGCGGAUAAUGAGAAGAAUAACAAUGAUUUCAGGGAAGAAACACCUAAAAAUAACAAAAUUAAAUUAAUAGUUAGUGAUGAUUUAUUACAACCAUUGACUCCUUUAUCACCCAAUGGAGGGAAUAUUUCAGAGUCUGAAAGAACUUGCCGAAAGAGAGAACUCAGGAAAAGACAUUCCCUAACAGCUAUAAAUUUUACCCCAAAAUUCAGUGUUAAUCUCCCGCUGGAGCACUUUAGUCGUAUUCCCGCCUACACUUUGGGCCCUUCUUCCAGUCUCAGGUAUCCAGUAGAGAAUCAUUAUGGAUCAGCUCCAAAUUCACCAGAACGAGGUCGCAAAUUACCUUUUGUGACAGAUUUACUUAAUCAUAUUUCCGCAAAGCGUUCUAAAGUACCAAUUUGCAUAGACUGCAAAGACUUAGUUUUUCAAAUUGUAAAAGCCAGCAGAAACACUCUCUACACAAUAGGAAAUUCUUCAUCCGUCCCUUUCGCAGACCAUCAUGACGGUGACUUAAUUGGAACUAUCUAA